AUUUCUAAAAUCAAAGAAAAUAUUCAAAUAAAUGUCAAGGGAGGCGUAGGGAAUUUGCCCAAAACAAAAACAGUAAAGAUACUCAUUAAACGGUUGAAAGUCAUUAACCAUUUUUGUUUAAUCUAUUGACUUGGAAGCUUGUUUGCCUCUCAGUCAACUCCCUUCUCUCUCUCAAUGGGGGACGCAGUUCUGUCGGCGUUCAUGCAGGUGGUGUUCCAACAGUUGGCAUCUCCGUUGGUGGAGGAAUUCGGACUCCUCUACAACAUGGAGAGACACCUCAAGAAGCUCUCCAGAUUGCUGACCAGAGCUCGAGCUGUGAUUUGCGAUGCCGAGCAGAGGCAAUCAACAGAGCAGGCAGUCGCGAUUUGGUUAACCGAUCUCAAAGACGUCGCUUACGACGCCGAUAACAUCCUUGACGAGAUGUCCACUCAAGUCCUCCUCUCCAAAUUCCAGGUACCUGGAUUCUUCUCUUCCAUCAAUCCAAAACAAGUCUUCCUUCAAAUUGAUCUUGCACUGAGGAUAGAUGAGGUAAUUGGGAAGUUGGAAGACAUAGCACAAGAGAGAGAGGAUCUCCAUCUGAAGGAAGGAAUUGUAUCUGGGAACUAUAAUAAUAAAGAGAGGUUGCAGACAAGUUCUUUGAUUGAUGAGUUCUCUGUGUUUGGAAGAAGUGAUGACAGAGAGGAAAUCGUUUCGCUGCUGAUGUUGGAUGAUUCUAGAGGUUGUAAAUUGUCAAUUAUUCCCAUUGUUGGAAUUGGAGGAUUAGGGAAAACAACACUUGCCCAACUCGUUUACAAUGAUUGGAGAGUUGAGAAGCAUUUUGAACUAAGAAUGUGGGUGUGUGCGCCCCAAGAUUUCAAUCCAAGAGUUAUUACGAAAGCAAUCAUAGAGUCCGCAACUGGGGCUAGAUGUGAUCUCCUAGACAUGGAUCCAAUGCAGCGGCGCCUCCAAGAGGUGAUUAAGGACAAAAAAUACUUUCUUGUGUUGGAUGAUGUUUGGAAUGAGAACCGCAAUGAUUGGGAAGUUCUGCAGGUUCCUUUUAGUAUUGGGGCAAAUGGAAGUAAAAUUAUUGUAACCACCAGAAGUAAAAUAGUUUCAUCGAUGAUGGGCACGACCCCAGCAUAUCAUUUGAAGGAUUUAUCAAAUAAGGAUUGCUGGUCACUUUUCCAAAAAUGCGCAUUCCAGUGCACGGUCUCAGAUGCGCCUCAGAAUUUAGUGAAAAUAGGGAAGAAAAUUGUUCACAAGUAUCAAGGGUUGCCUUUAGCUGUUAAGGCACUUGGUAGUCAUCUGAACUCCGUCACUGAUGAAAACGAAUGGGAUAUUGUCUUGAAAAGUGAAUUGUCGGACUUACCAAAAGACAAGGAUAGCAUUUUGCCUACUUUGAAAUUGAGUUAUAAUCAUUUGCCGAGUCAUUUGAAGCAGUGCUUUGUCUAUUGCUCGCUUUUUCAUAGGGAUCACAUAUACGAGAAAGAGAGUUUAAUUCAGUUAUGGAUGGGAGAGGGGUUUCUUCAGACUAGAGGACUGAAACAAAUGGAAGAGGUUGGCAGGGAUCAUUUCCAUGAGCUUCAGUUAAGGUCAUUCUUUUAUUUCUCGCACAGUGAUCCGUUGGAUGGUCAACCCAAGUACAAAAUGCACGGUCUUAUUCACGAUUUGUCUCGAUUUGUCAAUGGAGGUGAAUAUUAUGCUACAAGCAGUGGUAAGAUAGGACUCAUCCCCAGGAAAGCUCGUCAUGUCUCCUUGCAAUGUGAUCAUCCAGAGCCGGUAGAUUUUGAAAUCUUCAAUGGAUGCAAAACUCUGAGAACUUUGCUGCUGUUGGGUAGAUACAGAUACCAUAUUAAGCAAAUUCCUCUGGACUUAUUCCUUCAGUUGAAAUGCUUACGCGAGUUGGAUCUCAGCCAUACUAGCAUUACUGAGUUGCCAAAUACUAUUGGAGAGCUAAAGCAUUUGCGGUAUCUGGAUCUCUCAUGGAGCCACAUAAGGAGGCUGCCUGAAUCUACAAGUGACCUAUGCAACCUACAAACACUGAAACUGAUGAAAUGCCUCGAGCUUCAUGCACUUCCAGAGAAGAUGAGCAAUCUAGAGAACCUACGCCAUCUAAACAUUUCCUUCAGUACAGCUCUGCUGAAGAUCCUUCCCUUUGCUGAUAGAAGACUUCUCGACUUGCCAAAAUGCAUCAAGAACCUUAUCAACCUUCGUGAUAUUGACACUACUUUCAGCAUGAGUUUGCAGUAUAUUCUUCCCUUUGUGGAAAGAGAAUCUCAUUCGAAUUCCCUCUCUCGACUAAUUUCCACCCCUCCAGGGUUGGGGAAACUAACAAAGCUCCAAACACUGUCCAAUUUCGUUGUAACCAAGAGGACUGGAUGUGGAGUUGAGGAGUUAAAGGGUAUGGCAAAUCUCCAAGGAUCACUUUGUAUUUCGAAACUGGAGAAUGUAAUGUGUGCGGAAAAGGCCAAGGAGGCUGAUUUGAAGAGCAAGCAUCGCCUGCAGGAGUUGACAUUACGGUGGAGUGAAGAGAAUAUCUUGGAUUUGAGGAAUGGGGUAAAGGAGGAGGCGGUAAUCGAGUGUCUUCAUCCUAACAAGAAAAUCAAUGUUCUGACGAUUGAAAAUUUUGGAGGUAAAAAGUUCCCAAGUUGGAUAGAGAAUGGUUCACUAUCUAAUUUAGUUUCUAUUUGCAUCAUUAAUUGUCAAAAGUGUCAAACCCUCCCCAAAUUGUGGCAGCUUCCAUUCCUGAAAGAUGUCAAAAUCCAUGGAAUUCAUGGUCUGAAACAUAUAGGGCGCGAGUUUUAUGGGGAAGGUGGAGUUGGAUUCCCAUCGCUAGAAAUUCUGGAAAUGAAGGACAUCCCUAAUCUGGCCUACUGGGCUGGAGCCGAGGCAGGUGAAAUCCCUUGCCUUCGUGAACUUACCAUUUGGGAUUGUCCAAUGAUGAUCGAGCUUCCAAACCUCCCAUGUACGCUUACAACUUUAGAAAUAGUCAACUGCAGGGGAUUGAAAUCUUUUCCAAUGCUCCAUUCUAUCCAAAACUUGAUAUUUGGCCAAUGUGCUGAGGUGAUACUGAAUUCAUUGACUUGCUGCUUCACAUUUAUUUCCUCUUUAACUGUUUCUACAUUUACCCAGCUAAGAAAUCUUCCCGAUGGGCCACUGCAAAACCUAACAUCACUCAGAGAACUUAAGUUUAUCGACUGUGAUGAACUCGCCUUUUUGACUCAGGAUCAAAGUUUGGGCAAGCUCAGUUCACUUGAAUAUUUGGAAAUUUGCUGUUGUCCCAAGAUUACGUCAUUGAAGGAUGAGAAUUUGCCGAACACGCUCAAAUCAUUGCGUAUUGUAUCGUGUCCAUCUUUCACAUCGCUUCCCGAUGAGAUCCAGAACCUCAGUGCCCUCGAAAUUUUGGAAAUAUGUAAUUGCCCACAACUCUCUAAGUUGCCUGAAAGAGAGAUGCCAGCUGCACUUCAACUUUUCUGGGUAACGAGAUGUCCUGUUUUGAAGGCACGCUGUCAAGAUGAAGGUGAAGAUUGGCCGAAAAUAUCGCAUAUUCCCAACAUAAGGAUUGAUUUGGAAUGGAUUCAACAGAAUUGAAUAUGUUUGUCAUCAGAGUGGACUAUUUAGAUUGGAAGGCAGCUUUUGGAACCAUCAUUGCUAGAAGAAAUAUGUUGAAGUCAUUGCAGGUUGAACCAAGAAAUAUGUUCAUGUCUGCACUUCAAUUCAGAAACUGUACUUCAAUGCUUGUGAAGAAGCCUUAGAAAGUGGGAAAAUCGUUGGCUUUGAUGAAAGGGAAAUGCUAAAAGCCGCGCAGACUGUUGGAUAAUCUUAUUAUGUGUGUAAAAAAUGUAUUUAAAAAAUAUAUAUAAAAUGUAUUGAAAUAUAUAAAAUAUGAAAAAUGUGAAUUGAAAUUUUAAA